AUGGAUUAUAAUCAAAAUAACUAAUAUGGAUAAGUUUCAGGUCAAUAAGGAUAUCCCUAUUUUCAACCCAACCAAAACCCUUAAUAUAAUUAACCUUAACCCUAACCUUACCCUCCUUAUCAACAGCCAGCACCGUAUUUAGACCCAAAUAUUCCAGUUGGAUAACCAGUCGGUUAACCCUAAUAUGGAAACUACCCAUAACAACCAGUGUACUCGUCUGGGUUUGUGCAGAAUGGACCGAUUUAUACAGCAGCCCCUGUUUUACGAAGUGCAGAGGGAAUGAGAUUUCCAGUUUAAAUUUAAUGCCCAUAUUGCAAUUAAUAAGGAAUCACAAGAAUUGAGAAUAGAGUUGGAGAUGGGACUAUUUGUGCUUCUAUUUUAGUUUUACUCUUUUGCUGGCCCUUGUUUUGGCUUCCUUGCUGUUUAGAAGAUUGUAAGGAUAGAGUUCAUCUUUGCAUUCAUUGUCAAAAAUGUGUUGGCAAAAAAAAGUAUGAGAUUUGUUGAGAACUUGAUCAUUAUUAAUUAUUAAAAUAUAAUCUUAUUAGUUUUA